GUUCAAAUGGAGCAAACUUUGACAGUGAGUGUGACAGUUUUCAGGCAAAAAAGCCAUAACAAAACAUGCAUUUUCGGAAUGUAUUGUUUUAUAUUGUUUAAUGAUAAUAGCAAAGUACUCGCAUGAAAGCUUGUAUAUUGUAAAAUCAUGACGAAUGGUUUUACUUACGCUUGCUGUAUUUGCAUGCAAAUUAAUCAAGUUUUGUAUCCUCUAGAUACAUUGGAUGCUGACAAUGUUAAUCAUUUAGAAAAAUUAACAUUUUGUGCUCCUAACGAGACCUGGAAGGCUUAUUACAAAUUGUGUCCCCCAUGCAGUUUACAGCUGGAUUCUGCAUACAAAUUCGUUCAGUGUUGUAUAGAAAGUGAAGCAUUUCGCAGAGAGAACUUGGAUGCAUUAGCCGAAAAGGAAUCCAUUGAUGACAACUGCAGUUCUUCUCCCACUCACAAUGGGGCCUUUACGUGCGACCAUUGUGGCCGAACUUUCCGGCAAAAGCGGUACUUGAGCCAACACAUUACAAAGUUGCACAUCAAGAAGAAACGUGAAGCUGUGAAAAAUGAGGAGAAUUCCACCCAAGAGUUUAUCAUCAAGUGUGAUGCUAGCUGUGAUGUGAAAUCAGAAGUUGCCGGUAUUGCUGUGAAAAAUGAAAGCUGCAUGCCUGAGGACCAAAACAAAGAAAAUCAAGAAACCCUCCAGGAUGAGGCAAAUGCACUAGCAAACUCGAUAAAAUCGCAAAUAAAAAAAUCGGAUCCUAGUGACGAAGAGUGUGAUGAUGAAGAGAGUGGAAACGACUUUAAUCUCAUUACCAGCAGCUACAGUGUUAAGUCGGAGGACUUGCAGGAUGAGAAUGAUUUCGACGAGAAACCUAAACCAGGCGCAGUAAAGAAAAAGUCAUUUAAAAGGAAACCACAGAAAUGCUGUUUCUGCGAUGAAAUUUUCAAGAAGCGGCAAGAUUGGACGGUGCAUUUACGCGCUCAACAUGCAACAGAAAAACCAUUCUCAUGUGAUCAAUGUGAUGCUAGAUAUAUGAAUAGGUAUAGUUUACUGAUACACUCCCGAAAGCACACAAACGAGAAACCGUUCAUUUGCGCCACAUGCGGCAAGAGUUUUGUGUCGUCUGCCGAUCUCAAUCAUCACAAUAAAAUCCACAACAAACACCGUGCAUACCCAUGCCCGAUGUGCGACCGCAGCUUCAAAACGCAUAGUAAUUUGCGAACGCAUCGUUUGCAGAUGCAUUUGGAUCCUGCCGAAUGGAAGUUUCUAUGCAAGUUUUGCGAUAAGAAGUUUCCAAUUCGGGGCAACUUGAUGAAGCAUUUGAAAAGACACGAGGGAAUUAAAGAAUUCGAAUGUCACAUUUGCGAAAAGAAGUUUGUUAAUAAGGCUGAACUAAUGCUCCAUCUGAACACCCACACCAACCAAAGGCUGUUUAAGUGCUCUUAUUGUGCAAAAGACUAUAAAAACCGAGAGGGACUGCGAAGGCAUAUGAAAGUAGUGCAUGAUCAAGGUAAUUGGAAGGCGCCCGCUACGGAGAAGAAAUAUUUGUGUCCCAUGUGCCCAAAAAUAUUCGCCUUUGGCAAUAAAUUGCAAAGGCACAUUUUUACGCACACCGGCGAGAAGCCAUUCAAAUGCGAAUACUGCCCUAAACGAUUUAUCGAUAAGUACGGCAAAAAAAUGCAUUACAGAAAAGAUCAUAUGGUGGACAUUCUCACUUGAAAUUGACCCAGCAAGUAGUGGAAGAAACAUAAUUAAAGCGGACUGACAAAGAGGAAUCUUGUUCUUGAACAAGAACUCUUAGAAACUGUUUCAGUUAUCCGCGAGUCUAAUUAAUAAAAAAACAUAAUUAAGCGAAAUGAACUGAUAUAUGAAAUAUAGGAUUUUGUUUAAACUUUCCUUCAAGCGAUGUGUUAAAUUUAAUUAUUUAUGAAUAGUUGAUAGAUCACGGCGCUCUAUCUAAAUGUUUGAAGUUUAUAGAUUAUUUUUACACAUUUUUUAUUUUUUCUAAUAUACGCAAAAUAAUGAUA